CCGUAUAUCAUAUUCCCAUGCCACCGUCGCGCCUGCCCUUUCUGACCCCUCUGACUUCGCGCCGAGCCUCUGCCCCUUCCCCCCAGAUCCAACGCUCGCUGCCACACCACCACCCAUAUCAUCCUCACACCCGCUACGUGCUCUGGCCGCCGCCGUCCCUCGUUUGCAUUCUUCCAAAUCUGCCCUGGUCUCCACAUCUCGACGCCUCACGGACGUGUUUCGGCGCACUGGCCCUGGCCCUCCGCAUUCUCGCUCCCUGCUAUUGCAGACGUCUUAGAGCCCCGCUCCACCCUCCCAGGAACCCGCUGCUCCCGUCGACUGCUGGAAUUGCACUCCGUUGCUUUGGGGCAUUGCCUUCAUUCUGGAGCUAUCUCGUCUUACUCCUCGCUCGCCGUCAGGUGCCCGGAGCCAUUCACCACUCAGAGGCAACCGUGCAGCUGAGCUUACUACCGAGCUACCGAGCCAUCCAGCCUCCUACUGCGCCAUCCUGGGCCGCCCGACAGAGCCUCAACGCACAGAGCCCACAGCCGCCCGCUCGAUCCUGCCGCCUGUGUCUUUUUUUGCCAUCCUGGUCCUGUCAGGCACUGCGCGACGUCGUGCUCAACGGUGAGAUUAGCGGUCUUCCGAGGACGUGCUUCUGCACGUACUGGCCCAGUAGGCUACCAGGCUGGCGGGAGCCGUAAUCACUAAGAGUCAUCCCAACCUCCAGUGUCAUAGCUUCGUCCAUAGCUCCAUAGUUCCUUUUCCCUCCGCAAGGCAAAACCGCCCAGCCUCGUCCAUAUUGGCCAGCCCUGGGG